CGGAGCCGGUCGGGUUUCCUCCUCCCUAUAAAUAUCUCUGCCCGUCUUCUCCGAUCCCAAUGCCCAUCUUCUUCAUCUGCUCCUCGUCUCUCUCCGUCCCUGCUGCCUGCUUCUCGCCGGACCUGAACAAUGACGAACCAAGCAGAAUCCUCCGACUCGAAGGGGACGAAGAGGGACUUCAGCACUGCGAUUCUGGAGCGCAAGAAGGCCCCCAACCGGCUCGUCGUCGACGAAGCCAUCAACGAUGAUAACUCUGUGGUGGCCCUCCACCCUGACACCAUGGAGAAGCUCCAGCUCUUCCGCGGCGACACAAUCCUCAUCAAGGGAAAGAAAAGGAAGGAUACAAUUUGCAUUGCCCUCGCCGACGAUACAUGUGAAGAGCCAAAGAUCAGGAUGAACAAGGUAGUGAGGUCAAACCUGAGGGUUAGACUUGGAGAUGUGGUGUCUGUCCACCAGUGUGCUGAUGUCAAAUAUGGAAAGCGUGUUCACAUACUUCCCGUUGAUGACACCAUUGAAGGGGUCACUGGGAAUCUCUUUGAUGCAUAUUUGAAACCUUACUUCACUGAGGCAUACCGCCCAGUGAGGAAGGGUGAUAUGUUCCUUGUGAGAGGAGGAAUGAGAAGUGUUGAGUUCAAGGUUAUCGAGACUGACCCGGCUGAGUACUGUGUGGUUGCCCCGGACACGGAGAUCUUCUGUGAGGGAGAACCUGUGAGAAGGGAGGAUGAGGACAGACUGGAUGAGGUUGGUUAUGAUGAUGUUGGCGGUGUCAGAAAGCAGAUGGCUCAGAUUAGGGAACUGGUGGAGUUGCCGUUGAGACAUCCACAGCUGUUCAAAUCUAUUGGUGUGAAGCCACCAAAAGGAAUUCUUCUCUAUGGACCACCUGGAUCCGGGAAGACUCUUAUUGCUCGGGCUGUUGCCAACGAGACUGGUGCUUUCUUUUUUUGUAUCAAUGGACCAGAGAUUAUGUCCAAAUUGGCUGGUGAGAGUGAAAGCAAUCUCAGGAAAGCUUUCGAGGAAGCUGAGAAAAAUGCCCCUUCCAUCAUAUUUAUCGAUGAGAUCGAUUCGAUUGCUCCCAAGAGAGAGAAAACUCAUGGAGAAGUUGAGAGGAGGAUUGUCUCUCAACUGCUCACGCUUAUGGAUGGUCUGAAAUCCCGUGCCCAUGUUAUUGUCAUUGGGGCCACAAAUCGCCCCAACAGCAUUGACCCGGCACUUAGAAGGUUUGGGAGGUUUGACAGAGAAAUUGACAUUGGAGUGCCAGAUGAAGUGGGACGGCUUGAGGUCCUUCGCAUACAUACAAAGAACAUGAAGCUUGCUGAAGAUGUUGAUCUGGAAAGAAUUGCCAAGGAUACUCAUGGAUAUGUGGGUGCUGACCUUGCUGCUCUGUGCACUGAAGCUGCACUUCAGUGCAUUCGGGAGAAGAUGGACGUGAUUGAUCUGGAAGAUGAAUCAAUUGAUGCAGAGGUGCUCAACUCUAUGGCAGUUUCUAAUGAGCACUUCCAGACUGCUCUUGGAACGAGCAACCCAUCUGCUCUCCGUGAAACUGUGGUUGAAGUUCCAAAUGUCAGCUGGGAAGAUAUUGGUGGCCUUGAAAAUGUCAAAAGGGAGCUUCAAGAGACUGUUCAAUAUCCGGUGGAGCAUCCAGAGAAAUUUGAGAAGUUUGGAAUGUCACCCUCAAAGGGGGUUCUCUUUUAUGGCCCUCCUGGAUGUGGGAAAACCCUUCUAGCCAAAGCCAUUGCAAAUGAGUGUCAGGCCAACUUCAUUAGCGUCAAGGGUCCUGAAUUGCUCACAAUGUGGUUUGGAGAGAGUGAGGCAAAUGUCAGAGAAAUCUUUGACAAGGCCCGUCAGUCUGCUCCUUGUGUUCUCUUCUUUGAUGAGCUUGAUUCCAUUGCCACUCAGAGGGGGAGCAGCGUUGGAGAUGCUGGGGGAGCUGCUGAUAGGGUUCUGAACCAGCUCCUCACCGAGAUGGACGGUAUGUCUGCAAAGAAGACUGUGUUCAUCAUUGGCGCUACCAACAGGCCAGACAUUAUAGACCCAGCCCUUCUCCGUCCUGGCCGUCUUGAUCAGUUGAUCUACAUCCCUCUUCCUGAUGAGGAAUCCCGCUACCAGAUAUUCAAGUCCAAUCUGAGGAAGUCUCCAGUCUCUAAGGACGUCGACCUUAGAGCCCUUGCCAAAUACACUCAGGGCUUCAGUGGGGCCGAUAUCACUGAGAUUUGCCAGCGGGCAUGUAAAUAUGCCAUCAGAGAGAACAUUGAGAAGGACAUCGAGAGGGAGAGGAGGGGAAAGGAGAAUCCCGAGGCCAUGGAGGAGGAUGUUGAGGAGGAGGUUGCGGAGAUCAAGGCCGCCCACUUCGAGGAAUCCAUGAAGUAUGCUAGGAGGAGUGUCAGUGACGCUGACAUUAGGAAGUACCAAGCCUUUGCCCAGACUCUGCAGCAAUCAAGAGGGUUUGGAACCGAGUUCAGGUUCGCAGAGACCGGGUCUGGGGCCGCCGCUGCAUCUGACCCGUUUGCAGCCUCAGCCGGCGGGGCUGAUGAUGACGACCUCUACAAUUAAGUCUUUCAAAUUGUGCCGGUCAUGUUAAAUGCUUUGGGACAAUUUUUACGUAUUAGGGAUUCGGCUGUGUCCCAGGAUUGCCAUUGAACUGGGGCAUUACAACAUGGUGCUCUGCUUUUAAUUUAAAGUCACGGCGACAGCAGAUUACGAGUACUAAGUUUAAAAUUCUGCCUCACUUCAAAUUAAAAUUUCCUCAAUUAUUCUA